GCAACUACUAUUCUUGAUUGAGAGAAAUGAAAGCCAAACAACCAUCAUCCACGUUGUCACAUAAAGUUUCGUGGAUUAGAAAAGCUGUCCUUAUAAGUUUGUUUGUAUUAUGCUCUAUCAUUGUGAUAAGUAGUACUUUGGCAACUUUCUCCGAACCCAAGUUUGACAAGGAUAUCAUUCGGAAAAUAGCUGAGAGAGCAGUGGAUCUUCCUCGAGAAGAAGCUUUCCAUAACGUUUCCAAAGAACUGCAAGCUGCUUUUCCUCAACUCAUUUAUAACAGUGAUUUAGAGUGGAUAUUUAUCAAUGCAGGUGGUUGGAUGGGAUCAUUUUGUCUUUUACAUGCUUCCUUGACCGAAUAUGUGUUGUUAUUCGGUACUGCCAUAGAAACAGCAGGUCAUAGUGGUCGUUAUUGGAUAGAUAUAUAUGAUACGUUACUUCGAGGUACCUUUCAACAGUGGUCUGAAGGCACUACACACUACGUGACUUAUUCAGCUGGUGAUACUAUUUAUCAUCCACGUUUAUCAGCCACUGCAGUUUGUUGGAAGGAAGAUACUUGGAUGUUGGAAUAUGCACAUGGACCUAUUAUGACUUCUCUUCUAUUUGCUUUAUCAGAUUCGCUAUUUUCCACACAAGAUUGGUUGACUAUUUAUAAGAGUAUUCAAAUGUAUGGUAAGAUGGUUAUCCAGUCAUUCAUUCGUUUCCAAGUGUAAUGGAAAAUUCAUAAAAUGUUGACGAGUUAU